GGUCUGGUCUGCUUGGUGAUGUCGCGGGGCUGCACACCCUCCCUCGUGAUGUUAUCUCCCGAACUACGCUCCCAUCGUUCGAUCUCGCCGUGAAACAUAUAAGCUCAGUGAUCUCCGCUACUGCAAUGGCCAUUCGUCGGCGGUUUCUCUCCCACAUAGACCCUGUCCACCGAUGAUAGCCACCCGUCGCUAUCCCAAGUAGCUCCCGCCCCAGAGCCGCCAGGCCACAGAAUUUGAUCCAAAUUCUCUGCCUUUCUCUCCCUGCUCUCCUCUUUGCCUCCUUUACUUCCUUUGCCUUCUUCUGUGUCUGUUGCGUGCGUGUGUUGUACUUACCAUGGACAUCAAGGGAAAGCAGCCUUCGACAUGGGACGAAUACGACCGAGGCCACAGAGGCUCGAUGGACUCGACUGGCACUACGGGGAGUCGUGUGCAGUGGGACGACGAUGUUGAGAGGCGCCUCAGCCAGCGGAGCUCUGUUGUCGGGGGUGGCUCCCCCGCCAGACAUGGUGAGGGCCAUCUUCGACGUCGAAGGUCUUCAAUGUCCAUGCGAAUCAACGCCUUACGAGACGCCGGCGGAGUCAACAGCUUGAACAACUUUGCUCGAUCUUGGCAGCGCGCUGCUGGAUUCUUCGAGAUCACGCCUGUCCGGCCAAGCUUUCGCAUGGAACAAGGCGACGAGCGACAAGACUUCCCGCGGUCCGGCCUAUCGGCUCCCGACCAUCGAUCGCUCCUGCGCGCAGCAUUCGAGACUGAGGGAAGGCGCCCCUCAGACAACGUGAUUGAAGACGAGGAACAUGGUGCCCCCACCGAAGAAUCACUUCUCUUGCCCUCCGCUGUAGAACACCGAUUAAGUGCCAAGAGGUCACAUCGCGAUGAGAGUAUAUUCAGCAUUGAACCAUCGCUGGCGUCACCUUUUGGCGGAAGCUAUGGCACCUCGUAUGGGAGUCUCGCUGCCCGUGUCAAUGAGUCUUCCAUGCGCCAUGCGGGGAGACUGUUCACUGAGCAGCAGAUGAAAGGCGUGACCGAGCCAGACCAAGAGCGUGAACCGCUUAUCGUCAAGCAAAUUGAGGAAGACGGCCAGCUAAUCAAUGUCGUGGUCGGCCAGUCCACUCUUCCCCAAACCAUCUUCAAUUCGGUCAAUGUCCUCGUCGGCGUGGGUCUUCUUAGCUUGCCCCUUGCCCUGAAAUACUCGGGCUGGGUGGUUGGUCUCAUUUUCCUCUUCUUUUCUGCCAUUGCUACCUCCUACACCGCUAAGCUGCUUGCUAAGUGUUUGGACGUCGACAGCUCGCUCAUCACUUUCGCCGAUCUUGCUUACGUCUCCUUUGGUAAUGGCGCGCGGAUUGCUGUCAGCAUGCUCUUCACAGUGGAGCUGGUCGCGACAUGCGUCGCUCUCGUGGUUCUUUUCGCCGACAGCAUGGACGACCUGAUUUCGGGCUGGGGCGUGGUUGCAUGGAAGAUUGUCUGUGGCAUCAUUUUAGUACCACUAGGUUUUCUUCCGCUGCGGGCCUUGUCAUUUACCUCAGUUCUCGGCAUUAUGUGCUGUUUUGGCAUCGUGAUCGCUGUAUGGGCCGACGGUGUCAUCAAGCCUCACCAACCUGGCUCUCUUCGCGAGCCGGCGACACAGUACCUCUUUCCCUCAAACUGGCUCACCAUUCCACUCUCGUUCGGUCUCCUCAUGUCACCAUGGGGGGGCCAUAGUGUCUUCCCCAACGUCUACCGCGACAUGCGCCAUCCCUACAAAUACCGAAAAGGUGUCAAUAUUACGUACAUCAUCACUUUCCUCAUCGACCUCGGCAUGGCCUGCGCGGGCCUCCUCAUGUUCGGCGACGGUGUCCGCGACGAAAUCACCAGCAACAUCUUCCUUACUAAAGGCUACCCCAAGGCUCUCUCCGUUUUCAUAGCCAUCUGCAUCGCCAUCAUCCCGCUCACCAAAGUACCUCUAAACGCCCGCCCCAUCACCUCUACGCUCGAAAUUCUCACCGGUCUCGAUAACCGCUCCCUUGCUGCUUCGUCCUCACUAAACGGCAUGUCCGGCAUGAACCGCGGACUUUUGAAAUUCUCCCUGCGUAUUCUGACCACUGUUGUAUUUGUCGUUAUUGCGAUUGUGUUCCCGUCUUUUGAUAGGAUUAUGACGUUGUUAGGUAGUGUGGCAUGUUUUACGAUUUGUCUUAUCUUACCGUUGGCGUUUCACUUGAAGCUUUUUGGGAAGGAGUUAGGGAGCGGGGAAUGGUGGAUGAAUUGGGGGAUGAUUGUCGCAUGUUCGAUUAUGGCGGUUGUGAGUACUGUAUUUGCCUUUUUUCCGAAGGAGAUGAUUGGAGCCGCGUGAAUGAAGAUGGGCUUUUUAAAAUGGGCAAGGAAGUCCACAGAGUAGAAGAAAGAGCAGGGAGGAGUACAGAGAGAACAAGAGGAUGGAGAUUGAGAUUGAGUCUUGGAGAAGGAAGGGACAAUAUCUCAUUUGGUAUUUUGGAAAGCUCGCAUACAUUGGGCCAGCUUAUUGUUAUCCCUUGAAUCCCCUGUUCCUCGUGUUGAC